AUGCCCACUUGCAUACCAUAUCCAUCAAUCUGCCAAGCAACAAACCUGCUGAGCUCCUGCUAUCUAUCAUGGCAGGGCUUAGCACAGGAGCAGGAGCUCCUGUUGUGAAGCUAUACCAUGAGAAAUCCAUGAUCCUGCCUGAUGUGUCCAGGGUGCUUGCAUGCCUGUAUGAGAAAGACAUCCAGGCUGAGACUGUCAAGGCCUCUUACAAGGACAUCCUCAGGCUCCAGGCAUCGAGGAGUGUUCCUGUUCCAUUCUACGAUGGACCCACAUUUCUACAAGAAUCAAGAGCAAUCUGCCGCUACAUAGCAGAAACCUAUGAGCAGCGUGGGUAUCCUUUUCUUCUCGGAAAGGAUGUCCUGGAGAGGGCUUCCAUUGAACAAUGGCUCCGUCACGAGGAGCAUGCCUUUGAUCCUCCGAGCAGGGCAUUGUUUUGCCACCUGGCCUUUCCUGUGCAUGAAGAUGAUGAUGAUGACAUAAACAAGGAGAAAAGGAAACUGGAAGAAGUCCUUGAAGUCUAUGAACAAAGGCUUGGUGAGAGUGAGUUCCUUGCUGGGAACAAGUUCACCCUUGCUGACCUUGUUCACCUGCCAAACACCCACCACAUUGUGACAUCUGAAUUUGCCUACCUGUAUGACUCAAGGAAGAAUGUGCAGAGGUGGUGGAAUACUAUCUCUACCCGAGAUUCUUGGCAGCAGGUUCUGAGGGAUAUGAACAGUGUUGAAGAGCAAUACCAAAUGGAACUUGAGCAGCAGGAGGAGCAGUGGCAAACACAGUACCCCCAAACAUCUGUUGCCCACACCAUUCACUUAGACCCUCGGAAGACUACUGGCACAGAGUCAAGGACAGUACUAGUCCCACCUCCCAGUGCUCGUACUAUCUCAACCUCAUCUUCUUCACAAGGAGAGCAGCCUCCGCCCUCUGAAACAACCUACCAUGACAAACUUUCGCCCAGAAAAGAAAGGAACUUCUUUACUAACACUGAAGAAACUUCAUCAACCCCAAGGUCUAAAACUUCUACAACUCAAAAAAUGCCUAGUAGUACCUUCUCUACCACAGCUACCCCUCCUACUACCACAAAAACAUCUCAGAGCACAUAUACAGAUAUGUCCAGCUCCAAAUAUUCCUCAUCUCAAACCAAACCUAGUCAAAUUUCAUCAAGAGAAGCUCCUUCUAAAUCCCAUGCCGCUGAUUAUUUUAGGGCUAGCACUCAUACUAAUGAACCGGCAAGCCUUACAAAAUCUAGUCCACGAGAAGCCUCAAAAACUUCUAGCAAAACACCAGAUCUAGGCACUUCUCCUCGCAACAAGGAAGCUGAAACAUCUACUGAUCCGAGAGGUAGUGUUCAGCCUCCUUAUGUACAGGAACAUGCUGAACAAGUGAAGAAACCCUCAGCUGAUCAGAGAGCUGAUGCUCGUUUGCUAGAGCGUGUGGCAUCCAAGGAUGUCAAAGGUGAAAUUGCACUACCAGCUCAACCCCGUGGCAUCCAGGAAGUCACCAAGGAUGCUAGACAGGCUGAUCAAAAAAGAGUCAUAGCAGCACCACCACAGCAACAAUCAUCAGAUGAGCAAAAUGUCCAUAAACAAUUUACAACGCCACCAACUUUGGAAGUACCUGACUUGUCAACAACGCAACCAGAGUCUACAGAAGAUGCUCAUAACAUUACCAGUGAAGAUGAUAGAUUCGCUACUCGGAGGCUCCGGAAGAUGAUUGAGGAAAGUGACAAAGCAGCACAAGCAGCCAAAUCACAGCCUACAGAUUUUCAACCUUCAAAGGAGGAGGAAACACCAUAUAGUAGUAAGAAGCCCUCAGAUGUGCAAGACAGAACCAUUCCAAAUGAUAGAAAAACUAGUGGUUCCCCGUCAACUGGCACACGAGCUCCUAAUUAUCCAACAAGUGCUGCUGAAAGAAGAGUUGCUUCACCACCAAAAGGGGGAGUGCCGCAUUAUGAUCUUGGUGCCACUAGACCACAAAAAUCACCAUAUAUCAAUGAGCAAGAAAAGACUCCAGUAGUGCCAAGCCAAGCACAACCAACCAGUUUAGGGCAAGCUUCAGAAUCAUCAAAAGAAGUUUCUCCUGAUGAUGGCUUGGAUCAACUAUCCACAAUCAAUCAAUGGAGACAAGCCUCUACCCCUCCAACCAAACAAGCAGCUCCUGUUGCUCCUAGGAAUGAUGAGUUGGUAAAAACAACAGGUAUUGACAAGAGAACACCAAUAAGCACAACAAAGCAAAUGCCAAGGGAUGACAGAAAUGCUUUAGCAAUAGGGCAAGGAGCUGCCCGUGGUAUUGCUAAUGGGCAAUCAGACAAGAACUCCAUCAUGGAUGAAAGGGCACCACAAAUCACAAGGCAAGCAGCACCUUCUGGCACUCAGCGUGCUUCAGCAUCAAUCCAAGAAGGAAAUAAUGGUGCCCGUGGCACUAGUGAUGAUAUGUUUGGAAAAACAUCAAGUCCUGAUCAAAGCAACACUCCAGCCAUAUCAAAGCAAACAACAGUUCAACAGGCAAUCCCCGAUGUUCGUGGUACUAGAGAUGAUGACAGAGACAUGAAACUUCCUGUUGAUGAAAAGGCAACAACAAACAAGCAGAUGCCAAUUUCAAGUUCUCAACAGACAAUUGAACCAAUUAAAGGAACCACUCCUACCUCAUAUGACAUUAAUGGUGAUGAGUUGCCCAGGGCAUCAAGAACUGAUGAAAGACCAACACCAUCUUCAAGGGUUCAAGCACCAGUAUCCGAUAGACAGGAUGCUUCUACAGCUCUCCAAGGUGGUAUACCUGAUGCUCCUAGGGAAAACACAUUAGUCAAACCAACAGGCAUGCCUACUUCACCAAGAAGACAAGAAUCAACUCCUGAUACUCAAGGUCGUCGGACAGCAGAUCAAGUGCCACCCCAAGCCUCACUUCUGUCUUCCUUUACUGGUACAAGAAACAAGGAGAAUGUUAUUUCGGAAGCUGGUCAAAACAACAAAAUAGUGCCUAGUGAACUGCCAGGUGGGAGAGUUCCCAAAGAUGCUGAACCAAAUGCUGCAGGACCUUCACUAAUGAAAUCACAGAAAAACAUGAACGAAGCAUACAACAUUGGACCAUCCACACAACAGUUGCCAAAUGAUCGAUAUAGGCCUCAACCAGCAGAAGCUAAGCAAAAGCAAGGAGCUGAUGCAGCAGUAAUCAAUGAAAUUGGCAAGCUCAAAAAGGAUGAUAUGAUGGCAAAUCCAAAUCAAAGUAGUACUGGAAAAGUUCAACUAGUGUCAACUGAAGAAACAUCCAAGCUGCAACUGCAAUCUGGCCAGAACAAGCCUAUAUCAUCUAAAGAUAGUAAAGAAACAGAAAGCUAUGGCAGCUCAGCAAUGUCCAGAGAAAUGCUACCUUUCGUUCCCAAUAAGAGCAUGAGAGCACAGCAAAUGCAAGGUGACAAGUCCAGCAUAUCACAAGAAAACAAUGUGCAGCAAGGGUCUGAAGCUACACUGGAGGGAUCUAGAACUGAGCAGCCUAAGAAAAGGGACCUCCUUGCAAAUGCUGGUGAGAAAAUCGGAGGAACUCCAGGAGAAGCUUUACAGAUGUCUGAAGAGCAAACCUCCUCUGAUGUUGAGCGAAUGAAAAGCAAUAGAAAUAACAGCAAACCAGAUGGCUCAACCAAAUCUGCUUCAUUUGAUGGCAAUGAAGGUAAUCCUCCUGAGUCACAGAGGCGUGGCUCAUCAAGCAACCCAUAACAUGCUUCCAUCAGAUCAUUUUCUUUACAUAUCUCUGUUUUAGUGUUAGCUACCUCCCUGUUUUCAUAUAAUAAGGUCACCAGCAGACCAACCAUACCAACCCAUGUUGUCUAAUCUGCAUGUUAAUUUAUUGUUCCUUUCCAAUGGUGCACUUCAGUAUUGUUCAUUACUUGAACAAUGACUUGUUUAGAUAUCAAAGUGCUUCACUUAAUCUUGUUUUGAAUAAUGUGAAUGUAAUAUUGUGUUAUCCGUAUGAACCCUAUCUCUUUGUAAGUUAUCCAUAAGC